GGAGAGAAAGGAAAGGAAAACAAGAGGCCGAGCCCCUGGUAUUUCAGGGCAGGCGUCAAAGGUUCGACUUCACGCCCACUGAAAUGGCAAGAAGAUCCCAGCAUCGAACCUUCCUCUCUCCCCAAGCCAGGUCAUUCGAUACUUUUCCAAAUGCCCUUUCCCUCUCAAGAGACAACUUAUAUAUAAGCAUUCAAGCCCUCGUUUUAAUCCCACGUACACAGCCUUUUGAAAGUCAAUAUCUUUGGCACGCGUGGAAGAGAGAGCGAGAGGAGAUCACCUUUGCAAUGGCGCGUUGGGUGAAGCCGGAGGUGUACCCGUUGAUGGCGGCGAUGACCUUUGUGACCGGUAUGUGCGUAUUUCAACUCACGAGGAACGUCGCUCUAAAUCCCGAUGUUAGGAUCAACAAGCUUAAUCGGAGGACGGGGGUGCUGGACAACGGCGAAGAAGGAGAGAAAUACUCUCAGCAUGGCCUCCGCAAGUUCCUCCGCACCCGCCCGCCGGAGAUCAUGCCCGCCAUCAACCACUUCUUCUCCGAAGACAAAUGAAGAAUGGAAGGCAGAAAAUUGAGAAAGUUCUGUCAUGAUCAAGCAUGUAUUUUAUUUUCUUCUUUUGUGGUUCUCUUUUCUUUUCCCCUUUUUUAUUACACCGAGACUGUUGAAUUCUGGAAUAUUUUUUACGUAAUCAACUGCAUCUUUUUCUUGCUUA